GCAUUUGCGCAGAUCGUCUGCGCUCCUUCCAACACGCAGGAUUCCAGUCUGGAACUUUGUUAUUGUUUGAGUCCCAGCGCGCCAGCAGCAGGAGAACCACAUCCAGGGAUCGAACAUGGUCAUCAAAGUGUACAUAGCAUCUUCUUCUGGCUCCACUUCGAUUAAAAAGCAGCAGCAGGAUGUCAUGGGCUUCCUGGCAGCCAAUAAAAUCGAAUUUGAGGAGUGUGACAUCGCAGCCAGUGAGGAGAACAGAAAGUGGAUGAGAGAGAACAUUCCAGAAGAUUCCAGGCCAGCCACCGGGAACCCUCUUCCUCCACAAAUAUUUAAUGAAAACAAAUAUUGUGGGAACUAUGAGGCCUUCUUUGAUGCCAGAGAGGACAAUGCUGUGUAUGCAUUUCUGGGUUUGACUGCUCCCCCUGGCUCUAAGGAGGCUGAAGCUUUAGCGAAAAAAGGACAACAGUAGCAUCACAUCAUUUGUAGCUGACACUCAGACCAAGACCUCAAUCAAGACCUGGACCCAGACAAAGACUUUUCUUUUUUAAUUAAUCUCCAUUCUGCUGUGCCUUGUCAUCCAUAGUGAAAGGAGUUUGUAAAGCAGAGAAUUAUGGGUAACUGAGCACAGUCCUUACUUCUUGUCUUAGCCCUAAACUCUUAAAUGUUGAUGCUGCUUAUGUGUCAAUCAACCGUUUGCACGAAUGGCUUCCUGUGUGAGAGUUCGUCACCACAGGCACCAACGUGUGCACACUGAGAACUGUCAGGCUGGUCGCGUAAUUACGCCGCACAACUUCAACUGUGGUAAAAUUGCACCAUAAAAUAUCUUUGCCUUUUUAAAGUAGUGUCCAUAUGUGUAGCGUCUGAUUUAACUCUGCAGGUUCAUUCUGCACUUUGUUACGUAAUUUGUUUCCCUUGAAUUGUUGAAGUGUUGAUCUGAAGGUUGACGAGUUAUCUACUAAAACUCAAAACUGCAGCACCUUUUUGGAAAACUGGGUUUAUUCAAGCCCAUUUCUGUUUUUGUAUACUUUUGACUUAAUAAUGUAUUAAUUGGAAACCUUUUUCCAGUGAUAAAUCUUUUUUUAUGUCAAAUUUUACACAACUGCAAACAGACAGACACAA